UUACCCAUAGUGAGAAUGCGACCGUGUAGGUGCAGUUACCUACUGCAAGUGUGUUUAUACCUCAUUAUUUAGUUUAUUAUUUGGCCACCAAAACAUUUAUGUAGACUACUGUUUAACACUUAAUUUGUGUUUGUUGUUUUAAUUUUGAAAUUACUGUGAUUUUACAAGUGUCAGUUCUAAGUGAGAUUCUGUUUGUGUGCCAUCUUAAAGUCAAAAACCUUAAAACCAGUGGUGUUGUGUUGAAGAUUUAGAUCCACUUCAAAAUCAAUACCUCAAAUAGAUUACGCAAGCUAGAAUGGAAGUUUUUGGUCUCAAGGGUUUAACGUUAUUCCUAACCUACGCCAUAAUGGCGGCGGUGUUGGGGAUGUUCCAGUUCGGGUACAAUACGGGAGUGAUCAACGCACCCCAGGGCAACAUCGAAAACUUCAUGAAGACUCUGUACAAGGAGAGGUACAAGCAGGACUUGGCUAACGAGAAGGCCGAAAUGCUGUAUUCGAUAGCUGUGUCGAUAUUUGCCAUCGGCGGCAUGUUGGGAGGCUUCGGAGGCGGAAUGGUGGCAAACAAGUUUGGAAGGAAAGGAGGCUUGCUGCUCAACAACGUCUUGGGUAUAACCGGAGGGUGCCUAAUGUGGUGUACAAAAAUAGCGAAAUCCUACGAAAUGCUAUUUGUAGGAAGAUUUAUUAUAGGGGUCAAUUGUGGGCUGAAUACUUCCCUCGUACCAAUGUAUAUAUCGGAAAUAUCACCUUUAAAUCUUCGGGGAGGCCUUGGUACCGUUAACCAACUGGCUGUUACAAUCGGUCUUCUACUAUCGCAAGUCUUAGGUAUAGAACAAAUAUUAGGAACCAACGAAGGAUGGCCUCUUCUACUAGGUCUCGCUGUGGUACCAGCAGUGUUACAACUGGUCCUACUUCCUGUGUGUCCUGAAAGUCCCCGUUAUCUCCUCAUAACGAAACAAUGGGAAGAGGAAGCGCGAAAAGCAUUACGAAGGUUAAGGGCUAGCAACGCAGUAGAGGAAGAUAUCGAAGAGAUGCGAGCAGAAGAAAGGGCUCAACAAUCAGAGGCGUCUAUCAGCAUGAUGGAAUUGAUAUUCUCCCCAACGCUGAGGGCUCCCCUCAUUAUUGGUAUUGUGAUGCAGCUAAGUCAACAGUUUUCGGGUAUCAAUGCGGUGUUCUAUUACUCUACUAGUUUAUUCGUUAGCUCCGGUCUACCAGAGGAAAGUGCCAAGUUUGCAACCAUCGGUAUUGGUUGCAUCAUGGUCGUUAUGACACUAAUAUCCAUACCACUCAUGGACAGAAUGGGAAGAAGAACGUUGCACCUGUACGGUUUAGGAGGAAUGUUCAUCUUCUCUAUAUUUAUUACAAUUUCAUUUUUGAUAAAGGAGAUGAUCGAUUGGAUGUCGUACCUCUCAGUAGUAUCAACCCUCUUCUUCGUCAAAUUUUUCGCGGUUGGGCCCGGAAGUAUACCCUGGAUGAUCACUGCCGAACUGUUCUCGCAAGGGCCUAGACCUGCCGCCAUGUCAAUUGCCGUGCUAGUCAACUGGACUUCAAAUUUCGUGGUGGGUCUCGGAUUUCCUUCAUUGAGGAACGCCCUAGAUAACUAUACCUUCCUGCCGUUCAGCGUCUUCCUAGCAAUCUUCUGGAUAUUCACGUAUAAGAAAGUUCCAGAGACGAAAAACAAAACAUUUGAAGAAAUAGCAGCCUUAUUUAGGGAAGGAAAUGGAAGGGUUAGUUUUCGAGACAGUCGACUGUAUGGUGCAACCGAUGGUGUUAUUAUGAAAGAAACUUACGAAAAAACAGAGAAAUUAUAAAAUAUUCAGAAGAAAACCACCCUAAUACAGAUUAAGACAAUAUUAUUUUAUACACUUUUGUAUUAUCACAUAUUUACAUAAAAAGGAAAACUUAUUGCCAUAUUUUUUUUGUUUUCUACAAUCAUAAUAAUUUAAUCCUGAAAUUUGAUUACUGUAUAUAUAUAAUACUGUAUCGUGAUUAUUUGCUAAAGUAAAACGAAUAAUAAUAAUUUUAUAUUUAGAUUGCAAUUUUGACAUUAAAAUUUUUAAAUUUGAAUUCCAAACAACUUAAAUGGAAUGGAAUGGUGUAAAUAUCAACAGCAUCAGACACACCGAUGAUACGGUGUUGAUUGCGGAUUCCGACUUAAGUCUAUAAGGACUCAUCGACAGGACUAACUCGGUCUAUGAAAAACUUGGUAUGAAAAUAAACAUUAAGAAAACCAAAGUGAUGCGAAAAACGGGUUAGAACUGGUCAACAAGUUCAAGUACCUGGGAUGUUGGAUCCCAGUUACUUGAAAACAAAUUUAAAAACACGAAAUUUGACUACGUUUAGCAAAAUUCUGCGUCUAGUCGACUCUUCUCUAUGCAGACGAAACGUGUAUUAUAGUCCAGGGCGCAUCUGUUUUGAGAUGGACGUUGAGAGGUGACUCAAAUUUUUUUGCAGAAAUUGCUUGAAAAUAACUCAAAUAAUAAUAUUUGAGUUAUCCUCCCACUCAAAAUGGUCCGGAACAUUGUUUAAAUAAUCAAAAUAUCAAAAUAUGAAGGAAAAAUUAGAUUUUUUUAUUGGUUUUUUGAUUAUAACUUUAAAACUAUUCAUUUCUGAGAAAAGUUGUACUGACAUAAAAGUUGCGUAAUUAAAUUUCCUAGAACGUAAAAUUGGUUAAAAAUUUUAAAAAUCCUUGCUGCAAAAUAGCAAUAAUUGCGAAAAAAAAAACAUACAAAAACGAGUAUUCGCAUUUUACGUUUUUCAACCAUUUACAUAUGCUACACUUAGGACCUUCAUAUUUUACUCAAAAAAACUUUAUGAUAUAGUAAAAUAACACUGUAAAUUUUAUUAAGAUCGGUUUAAUAGAUUUUGCAAAAUAUAUUUUGCAAUCCAGCUUUCGCAAAAAAAUUCAUUUUUUUAAAAUGUGUUAGGACUGAAAAUAAAGCAGAGAGCAAGUUGAAUUUUUUUUGCUUAUAGAAGAGUACUGUACCUAUCAUUUGCAAUUUGCAAAAUUCAAUCGAUUAAUUACCACGGCGUCAGGAAAUUUUUUAAUAAACAUUAAUUUCCAAUCUUUAUCUAAUAUAUUAUUUUCUUACUCUAUAUUUUGUUGUAUUUUAAUAUUUUAAUUCCACAAAAAUUAAACUAAUUUUAUUAUUGUUUGUGAAAUAUUGUUUAAACAAUUGCAUAUUUUUAAAAAUAAUCAACUUUUAUUCUCUAAGUUAAAAUAUAUAUGAACAAAGAAAGUUUUUGCCAAAAAAAGUGUUAUUUCAAAGGAUAGAGUAUGUGUUUUUAUUUUGCAAUAAACAAAUUUAUUUAUUUAUAUCGAAAUGUAAUAAAAAUUAAAAUGUAUCAAUCAUUAUCAAAGGUCAUUGGAAUGCCCAAUCAGAGCAAACUAUCCUCUGUCUUGCGCGUAGCACCAAUAAUUAUUGUUUAUUUAAAAAAAUUCCUGACGCCGUAGUAGUCAAUCGAUUUUAGGUUUGCAAAUUGCAAAUGAAAGGUACAUUACACUUCUAUAGGCAAAAAAAGUUCAACUUGCUAUCUGCUUUAUUUUCGGUCCUGUAACAUUUUGAAAAAAUGAUUUUUAUGAAGAAAUUCACAGUGUGGUUUUACUGUAUCAUAAAUUUUUUCUGGGUGAAAUAUGAAGGUCCUAAGUGUAGCAUAAAUGGUUAAAAAACGUAAAAUGCGAAUACUUGUUUUUGUAUGUUUUUUUUUUCGCAAUUAUUGCUAUUUUGCAACAAAAGUGACUAUUUUUUAAAUUUUUAACCAAUUCUAUAUUAUAGGAAAUUUAAUUACGCAACUUUUAUUUUAGUACAACUUCUUUCGGAAAUGAAUACUUUUAAAGUUAUAAUCAAAAAACGAAGAAAAAAAUCGAAUUUUUCCUUCAUUUUUGGACAUUUUGUUUAUUUAAACAAUGUUCCGGACCUUUUUGAGAGGGAGAAUAACUCAAAUAUUAUUAUUUGAGUUAUUUUCAAGCAAUUUCUGCAAAAAAAUUUGAGUCACCUCUCAACGUCCAAAUGUACUAAUAUUUUUACAAAUGAGCCCUGGUCUAGUAGGUAACCUUAAAACAUCAACCGUAAAUAAUUUGGAGACUUUAAAAUGUGGAUCUUUGAAAAAAUUCCGAAAAUUAUUUGUUUUUUAACAGUUUUUAUUUCUAAUUUAUUUUAAAAGUGGUUAAAAAGUUUUCCUUUCUAUAAGUAUAUCAUUUAUCAUAGUUUAAUCAUUUGAUACUAUUCAUAUAUUCCCUUUGCAUAUGCAAAACAAUUUAUUAUUAUUACAAACUUAUAGAGCUUUUUCUUCUUUGUUAAUAAAAAAAAUACACAAACUA